GUUGAUUAGAUAAACUUCAGGGAGCAACGAAUUCAAAGAAAAAAAUGUUCAACAAAUAUGGAAAAUUUAAAGUUAGAAAUGUAGUUUAAAUUCUCAAAAAUUGCCAAGAACUAUGGUAAAGAAGGAUGGGUUGAGUGCCCUGUAACCCAACCUAUCUAUCUAUCUAUCCACCUUGUGUCUGUCUAUCUAUCUAUCUCCGUUUCUCCAGGUAGAAAUGUUAGUACUCCGGGCGCGGUUAAGAUUCCUUAGCUCUCUCCUUCUGGUUUCCUGGGUUCUAGGUAUACUAUGGAGCAGGAUGAGUUAAAUAUGCUUAAUCAGUGAUUUAAACCACUUUAAUAUAUCUUAUUUGUGAUUUGUGACCUCGCAUUUGUGAUCGUGAAUGGUCCCUUCGGAGAUCCAGUGACUUUAACGAAGCAACAAGACAGUAGCGUUGGAAACAUGUAUCGUAGAACUUUCCACAUAGUGUUUAUAUUCCUUGUAUUGGGCUAUGUCCGGGGGCUCAACCUGCCCCCAUUCUUUACAGCUGAUAUGAACCAGUUCACCCUGACGGAGAACACUCAGGUUGGAAGUGCUGUGUACACCCUGGAGGGUGAGGACCCUGAAGGGAGCCGGGUGAGGUUUGGUAUUCAAGGAACAGAUAAGUUUGAGGUUGACCCAAACACAGGGGUGGUCACAGUAGCUCUACCUAUAGAUAGAGAGUCUCAGACGGAGAUUAACAAUAACGAAAUCAGGUUUACCGUGAUUAUCCAGGAUGAAGUGGAUGAGGGAUCGGAUAAUGUUGUAUCUGUUCCGAUCUCUGUUAUCAUUCUAGAUGAAAAUGAUAAUCCUCCACGGUUUCGUGGAACACCUUAUAAAGCAACCGUGAACGAGGAUAUUCCUAUUGGAACAACAAUAUUUAGUGCUUUAGAGGCCCAGGAUGUAGACCAGGUUGGAGAGAUCCUUGAUGUACAGUGCCUACCUCCUGACCAGGAAUCCGCGAACGUCUGCGAGUUCUUUAAGAUCAUGCCCCGGCAGGAGGACACCAAGAUCAACAUGUUCCGAGGGAAUAUUGUCCUGAUGAAGCAGUUCAACUACAGGGAGCGCCAGAUCUACCAGAUCAAGUUGGGGGUGUAUGAUGGCGUGCACAAUGAUACAACGGAUAUUAUAUUUUCCGUUGUAGACGUACAAAAUUCCCCGCCAAUAUUCGAAGGUUCGCUUACCGGAGUUGCAAACGAAGACGACCCAGUUGGCUCCGUUAUAAUGAAGGUUACAGCCAAUGAUGGAGAUACAGGAAGGCCGCGUAGAAUUAUCUACGAGCUGGUUCAGAACCCUCAGGAUUAUUUUUCAAUUGAUGUGAAUACUGGUGAACUAAGAAUAGAUAAACCACUUGAUAGAGAAGCUCUAGGAAGCUCUAGUGGAGUACUUAAUCUUAGAGUUAGAGCAGCUGAACUUAACAAAGGACAAGCAACGAUAUUUACCAGGGUUUCUAUUCCUGAAAAUGUUCCGUUUGGAACUCCCCUGGCAAACCUGAAUAUGGAGGUUAAAGAUCCGGAUACAGGAGCUAACUCACUCUUCAGUCUCAGGCUCGAAGAUCCUAGCGGGAAGUUUAGUAUAGAUCCGGUCAGAGCUGCCGGUCAUACAGCUGUCAGUAUUAAAGUUAACAGCCAGGUAAUAGCGGUCAUACGGUCAUACAGCUGUUAUCUUGGUAUGCGGGCACUACUGCACACAGACACACAUACAACACGAACACAAACACACCAUUUGCACACCAAAGCGCAGAGGGAGAAGUUAAACAGUACUGCAACUGUAUUGGUUGAGAUAGAAGAUAUAAACGACAAUAAUCCAGUUUUUCAACGAGAAUCUUUUACAGUCGACAUUUCAGAGACUUUAAUGCCAGGAUCUCCUGUGAUAUCUGUGACAGCUAAAGACCAAGAUUCUGGUGAGUUUGGUACAGCUGGUCUCCGCUACCAGCUGGCGGGUAACGGAGCUGAACUCUUCUCUGUCAAUCCUGAAACCGGCUUGAUCUCCGUAGCUCCGUGUUCAACUCCCGGCUCAGGGGCCUGUUUAGACUAUGAACAAACCAGGAUCUAUUUUCUCUCCUAUUCCGCCACAGAUAUGGGCGGAGAGGGGCGGAAAAGCCUCGUCAACAUUCGAAUCUCCCUCAAGGACUCAAAUGACAACCCCCCAGUGUUCGAAAGCAAGGAGUACUCUGCAAACAUCGAUGAGAACGAGGCGGCCUUUCAGCCUGAGCUGAUCGUUAAAGCGACCGAUCUCGAUGCUACCUCGAAACUGCGGUAUACGAUCGUGGACGGGAACCUAAACGAUCUGUUUAAGAUAGAUCCUAAGACGGGUAUGGUGUCUGUGAGUUCUGAGAAAGGUUUAAGACUGGAUAAUAUCCCAACUGAUCAGAUUAAUCUCAGUGUAGAGGUCACUGACGGAGAAAAUACAGAUUAUACGACGGUCAGUGUCUCAGUCAAGGAUGUCAAUGACAGAUAUCCAACCUUUGAAAAGCCUGAGUACAUGGCUACAGUGCCUGAAGAUACUGUACCUGGAAUACUGGUGGAGCAGGUCAAAGCUACAGAUGCGGACUUUGGGGUCAACGCAGAGAUAACAUACAGGAUACAACAAGGGGCAUAUGAUGAUUUUUCAAUCGAUCCUAAAACUGGCGAGGUUCGACUUUCUGGAGAAUUAGAUUUCGAUACUCGAAGUCAAUAUCUCAUCGAGAUCGCAGCAUUCGAUGGCGGGGAACCUUCUUUAACAGGGACCACUGUACUGAAAGUUGAUGUUAUGAACAGGAACAACAAGCUUCCAUACUUCCUUCCGUAUACACAGCGCGUACAGAUAACUGAAGAUACCGCCCCUGGGACAAACAUAUUCAGACUUAAUGCCAUUGACGAGGACAUAAAGGACAUCAAUGCUCUGACCUACUCCAUCACGGACCCCAUCACAGCAGUGGACAAGGACGGAGUUCCUCUGGAGAAUCAGGAGAGGUUUGCUAGUAUACUCCGGGUAGAUCCAGCUACAGGAGCAGUUUUCCUUGAUCAGGAGCUAGAUAGGAACUCUGUAGCAGUUAUCAGUCUUAGUGUUAAGGUAACGGAUACUACUGCUGACCCUCCUCAGGAUGGAAUAGGAAACCUUGUUCUAACCAUCAUUGAUGUAAACGAUUUUGCUCCAGAGUUCUCCCCACCCUGGACCCCAGAGCUCAAGUUCAUCAACGUGGACGUCCAGGAGGAGCAAGCUGUUGGAACCAUCGUUCACACCUUUACUGCCACCGACAAGGACUCCAACAUUGCCCGGUUUGAGAUCACCCCCGAGAACGAGUACUUCGGCCUGAUCAAGGGAACCGGGAAGCUGAUGCUGAAGCAGGUUCUUGAUUACGAGGAGUUUAAGGAGAAAAGAUUAACCUUUGACCUCCUUGUGUUUGAUGCAGGUAUUCCUGAGAAAAGUGCAGAUGCAGUUGUUAUUGUAAACAUUAACAACGUGAACGAUCAGUCUCCGAUCUUUGAUCAGCAGAUGUAUACUGCAAGUGUUGCAGAGAAUGCUGAGCAAGGAACACCUAUUGUAACAGUUUCUGCUAAGGAUCUGGAUGAGGGAGAGUAUGGUAAGGUUACCUAUAGACUAGAAGGAACUUACAAAGAUGAUUUCUCAAUUGAACCUGAAGGAGGAACUAUCAGUGUUGUUAAUCCAGAGCUACUCAAUAGGGAGAAAAUUGAGCAUCUUAUUAUUCAGGUUGUUUCUGAAGAUUCAGGCCCACCAGAAUCAAGACGAUCAUCAACGGUUCCCGUAAACAUCACAAUAACAGACGUCAACGAUAAUCCUCCCAUCUUUGUUGAGAAGAAUUACAGAGCAACUAUUGUAGAUAAUAUUCCAUAUUUCCCAGAGGCAUCACCUAUCGCCCAAGUGUUGGCUACAGAUGAUGAUAUUGGAUUAAACAGUAGACUAUUCUACUAUCUGGCCGAAGGUAACUCAGAAGGAUUAUUCCGUAUUGAUAAUGUUACUGGAGUGCUCUACCCCAACGCCAGUUUCCUCGGACAGAAAGGAAAGGAGUUUAUCCUGGUGGUUGAGGUUACUGAUGAGGAGGGAGAAGGUGAAUGGGAGGGUCCUGACCAGGCAAGGGUAACUGUACAAGUAGAGAGUGUAAACACUUACAAGCCUAGAUGGAACCCUGCCCCUCCUCCUAAUGAGACGGUAUCAAUCAAAGAGGAGACAGAAAUGAUUGGAGUUGUUAUCAAAACUGUCCAAGCAGUUGAUCAAGAUGGAGAAGAAAAUGAAAAUGGAAGAGUUGGAUAUUAUUUUAAGAUAAAGAAUGAAAAUGUUCUUGAAACUCCUGAGUUUAAAAUUGACGAGAGAACAGGAGAAAUUAGAUCAAAAGUAAAACUGGAUCGAGAGUUGCAGGAUAAUUAUGAACUUGUCAUCAUAGCUAAAGAUCAUGGAACCCCGGUCGCAUUUGAAACCUUGAGGUUCCUGAACAUUGUAGUAGAGGACAUAGAUGAUAACCUACCUUUGUUCCCGAUGUCUGUUGGGAACAGCGUGAUCAAGUUCACUGUCCCUGAAGAAGAAGAACCUGGAUACUUUGUAGGACGUGUUGAGGCCUUGGAUCCCGAUGCAGGACAGUUUGGUCGUAUCUUCUACUAUAUCCUGAGCGGUAAUGAAGGAUCCUGGUUCAGAAUUGAUAAGACUCAAGGUACCCUUUACACCAAGCAAAAACUAGAUCGUGAGGAGCGGGAUGAAUAUACUCUUCUUGUCAAGGCUUCUAAUAAUCCCGGCAUAGUUUGCGAAGCUACGUACUGCGAUAUUAAAAUGACUGAUGACGACGUUAAUGAUGAUUCAAUUAUUGAAAUUGACAUAACUAUUCAAGAUAUCAAUGACAAUAUGCUGCAGUUCAGCAGUGACAAAUACUACGUGGGGGUUCCUUAUAACGCGGGGGUAGGUGAUCUUAUAAUGGACGCUACAGCAUUUGACCCAGACAUGGACAAUGGAGAUGUCAGCUACUCCAUCAAAUCCUCCAACUUAUUCCGCCAGGGGGAGUCCAUUUCUGCCGGGUCCCUCGUCCCCUCACCAUUCAAGAUUAAUGAGGGAGGGAGUAGGAUACUUCUAGAUUCACUCAUGGCAGAAUACAACCAACUCAUGUUUAAAUGUGUUUUUAAUUUAUUGUUAUUACCCAGGUUUGAGAUAAAUAUAGAAGCAAGGGAGCAUAGUUCUGGUCAUAUAGCUCGAGCUACCAUCUACCUAUGGAUCUACGAACCAAACCAACAGAUCAAGCUUGUCUUAAACAAGGAUCCCAUGCACGUGGAUGCCAACAAGGAGAACAUCAUUAAAGAGCUGAGAAACGUCACUGAUAACAUUGUCGUCAUUGACGAUAUCCGGUAUCAUGUGAGCCCUUCCGAAGGUUUACGACGAGACAUGUCUGAUAUGUUUAUUCAUGUUGUUGACUCCUACUCCAACACUAUAAUUGAUCCUGAGGUGUUUGUAAAAUCCGUAGACUCUAACUACGACCACCUGGCUGUUUACUACGAUGAGGUCGGAAUACGUCAGGUUCUUCCUGCCGAGGUCAAAGAGGAAAAGGUUGUCUUUGACUCCAACGUAAUCGCCUUCCUAGCACUGUUAAUAGUUCUCUUCGUGGGUUUAAUCACCUUUGCUGUAGUCUCCUGCUGCCUGAAAUACUGGGUGUUUACAAACAAACCUCAGAAACUACGUGGAGGAGAUUCUCCUCGACCCUUAAAACCUGGUUCCGUUAUUGACGAUGCUCCCAUGGGAGGGACGGAUAACCCUCUGUGGAUAGAUCAGAAGUAUAAAGCGUAUGAAGAGCAGGAGCUAACUAUGACAGUACUAAGUGAUCAGGAAAACAGUGUUAUCAGUGGAAACAAUGGCAGUGGAAAUUCAAGACGGGGUAGUGUUUCUCAGAGUCAAAUAGAGACCCAGAGUAAUGCUUAUGCUACCAUUAGCAAACUACCGAUGGUUCCGAGCAGUCGUCGUUCACUUUUCAAUGGUUCCCUGGACCUGUUUGACCAUGAACGGGACUAUGCCACACUGGACCGGUCAAACCGAAGUCCCUUGGGACCAGUUGUUCCUGGAAUCACAAGCACACCGCUCUCUUACACGUUACCCCGGCGGGAUCCCCGCCUGGCAAGCACCGAUUUUGGCGGGUCAGAAUACUACCUGGGGGGCGAAGGAGAACCUCAAAUAGUUGGAAACCUUAGUUAAAAUCUAAACUGAUGAAUUUUAAACAAAAUGUAAAAAUUGUUAAGGUUUACAUCAAAAUAAUCUUUGUAGGUGAAGUAGUGCUAAAAAUCUGAAGACAAACUUCGAACAAUCACGUUUAGCGUUCUCAUGUGAAAUGAUAUUCAAAUAGCAUUUUCAGUUCUCAGAUUCGAACAAUUCGGAUCAGAUGCGAAUCGCAAUCAUUUGAUUAGCUCAAUUCUGAGUUAUUUCAUCAUGAAGUUUUUAUAGAAUUAUUUAUCCAAUUAUAUAAAUACUAGGAUUUUACCAUAAAAAGAGAAAAUUUAAUUUUUAUUUUUUCCUUUGGAUUUAUCAUUUUUUUCCUAAAAUUAUUUCUGUAAACUACAACAUUGAAAUUAUUACCCAGAAUCUCUUCUAACAAGACGCUUCGUGUCAUAAUUAUAACAUUAAUAUUUUGCUCAAUUUCCCAAUCAUCGCCAUGUUACUAACAUCUAAGAAACCUUAAUAUGUUUGUAAAAUUAGGAAAAAAUGCUUCAAUCGAGAUUACAUCUUUAAAAGUUCUGAGAGAAAAAUAAAUAUUUCAAUAAACUUUUAUCGACUUUAUUCAAUUGUUAUUAUAUCUGUUAGUUAAAGAUCAAUACAAAUUUUGAUUUCGUAAAAAAAACUAACAAUAAAUUUAAAGAAAAUUUUCCCUGCUCUUCCUCCUUCCAAUAUUUUUCAGUGGUGCCUUUGUGUGUAUCAACAAGUUUAAAGUACUGUAAUAAUAAAACCUAUAUGUAUUACUAUGUAAACUGAAAAAGUUAGAAAUAAUAAAUUUUACAUAAAUGUC